CCCUGAGAGUCAACCACUGUGACCGUCUGGCCACAAGGCUGACCCUAUCAGAGCUUUCAGGGGUUGAUGGGUGCUGACCCCAGGCCCUGAUUGGCCGCGACUGAGCAAAGCAAACAUCAAGGUUACCAUCCUCCUCUGAUCCCUUCCCUAGCCUCACUUUAUAGCUUCUCCUGGAAGCCUGUCCCCCACACCAAGCUGAGAGACACCCAAGGCAGAAAAGCUCAGAGUCAUGCAGCGUCUCAGGGUACUGCUCCCACUGCUGGCUGCCUGCCUCACAACCAGGGCUGGUCCUGUGCCAAUACCACCAGAUGACAUCCAGGCUCAGGAGAAUUUCAUUGAGGCCCAGAUCUAUGGGAAAUGGUUCAACCUGGCGGUGGGGUCUACCUGCCCAUGGCUGAAGAGGGUCAAGGACAAGAUGAGCGUGAGCGCGCUGGUGUUGCGACAGGGAGCCACGGAGAAAGAGAUUGGCAUGACCAGCACCCACUGGCGGAGGGGCAUCUGCGAGGAGACCUCGGGGGUUUAUGAGAAGACAGACACUGCUGGGAAGUUCCUCUACCACUACCCAAAAUGGAAUACAACCUUGGAGUCCUAUGUGGUUCACACCAACUACGAUGAAUAUGCCAUUUUUCUCACCAAAAAAUUCAGCCACCACCAUGGACACACCAUCACUGCCAAGCUUUAUGGGCGGGAGCCACAACUGAGGGACAGCCUUCUGCAAGAGUUCAGGGAGGUGGCGCUGGCGGUCGGCAUCCCUGAGGAUUCCAUCUUCCAGCUGGCUGACAGAGGGGAGUGUGUGCCCGGGGAGCGGGAGCCAGAGCCCACAGCACUCCCGAGAGCCCGGCGGGCUGUGAUCCCCCAAGAAAAUGAAGGAUCAGGGGCUGGCCUACUGGUAACUGACCUCAACAAGAAAGAAGAUUCCUGCCAGCUGGGUUACUCAGCAGGUCCCUGCCUUGGGCUGAUUGAAAGGUAUUUUUACAAUGGCUCCUCCAUGGCCUGUGAGACUUUCCAAUAUGGAGGCUGCCUGGGCAACGGCAACAACUUUGUCUCUGAGAAGGAGUGCCUGCAGACAUGUCGGACUGUGGCGGCCUGCAAUCUCCCCAUCGUCCAAGGUCCCUGCAAAGCCGCCAUAAAGCUCUGGGCAUUUGAUGCCGUGAAGGGGAAGUGCGUCCUCUUCACUUAUGGGGGUUGCCAAGGCAAUGGCAACAAGUUUUACUCUGAGAAGGAGUGCAAGGAAUACUGCGGAGUCCCUGGAGAAGGGGAUGAGGAACUGCUGCGCUUGUCCAGCUGAAGGUGCCACUCUACAAACGAGAGAGGGGCCACUAUACCCCAGUUCAGGCUGGCCCGUUACCAGUCACAAAUAAAACACAUAUCUAAUCUAAA